CUUCGUGGUGGUGACGUGAGGUCAUGCGACCGUAGUGUAGUCCGUUUAUAGCUUAACGUUAGCUUUUUACUUCUAGCGAUUGCAUUUAAGCUUCAAAAAUCAUAAACGUGUUGUUAAUACGUGGGGAUUGUCCUGCUGAACAAAACGUCCAUUCCACAAAAAUAGACGGGCAGCAAUAUGGCGACCACACAGAGCGGACCAAUCGGCUUCUCCUUUCCUAACAGCUGGCCAAUCACAGAGCCCGAGUCAGGCUGAAAACUAUUCAACAUGGAGACAACAGUUGAAAAGCUUGAGACGAUGUUCCUGAAGUCAGAGGCUGACCUGGAAUACAUCGAGAAGCGGCUCAAGCUGGACUUCAUCAACAAAGCUGCAGAGAAUGGAUGUCCCGCUGAGGAGAACCCGGCGGUGAUGCUGGAGAAUCUGCGAGCCAUCAAGGCCAAACACACAGCGCUGUGCUCACAGGUGAAGGAGAUCGCAGCUGCGCAGAAAGAAUCCAUGGACUCCAUCAGAAACAACCUCAGCAGUGCCAUGGAGCUGGUCCAACACUUCCAACAGACUACUGAUGUGGAGGUCGAGCCAGUGACUGAGUGCGAGCAGGAGUCAGCAGAGCUCCUGGGUGCAGCUGCCAGUGAGACCACAGCAGAGGUGGCUCCGGCUGUAGCAGCGUGUGUCCAGCAGCCACUGAGCUACGAGUUCGAGGAGCUGAGUGAAGCCACGUGGGAGGCGGUUCCUCUCAGCAUGCGCGCCAACAUCAAGCUGGCUGAGCUCAACGUGUUCCACCAGCAGCUGCAGCAGCACCUCAGUGCAAACAGUGGCUCCCUCAGUGUGCAGAAGAUGAAGCAGAUGAAGAUGAAGGUGAGCGAUGCCAAGCUGAAGGUCCUGCAGCACCUCUCUUUAGUGGUGUUGGACAGAAACGGCCACGUUCGUCUCGUCAUGUAAGGGGAAGGAACACCUGGAGACUGUUGAGUGGGCGGGUGUUGUCGCUGGGUUCGGCUGCUGCUUCACCUGGAGUAUGAGAGGGAGCUUCCUGAAGGCCAAUACAUCGGCCAUGUUCUCAGUCCACAUUUGUUCCAUGAUCAGAUAUUUCCAGAUGAAUAUAAAAACAUGUUAAGAUUUGAAUCAUGGAGGGCACAAGUAUUGAAAUGUUUGAUGUCCCAGCCGCAGCUCUGUUGUUUCAUUAAGUCCUACAGCUGACGCACAUCCCUCUAGAACUCAGUCAAAAGCUUUGUUGUGAUAAAUGCAUGGUGUCGUCAACUCUUGAUAAAUGUCUUCAUACAGUAUGUCUGCAUAUGAGUGAUAUUGCUGUACUUUACAGCAGUCUGAUUGUAUCAAUCAGUCAAAAGGAAUAUGUUUCUAUAACAAAGAUGGAACCCAGUGGAGCAGAAUUAAUGUUUCUAAGUCAUAUUCACAUCUAUGGACAAUUCAGUGUUCACGUGCGAGACUGAAAUUCAGAAUGUUGUUGAUGUGAGGAUGCUGAAGUUGUAUUAUGUUUGCUUGGACCUGUGCUCCUCUGAGAGACAGGGGGCUGUCAGAGGGAUUGUUCAGAUGCUGUCUUUGUAUAUCAUUUUUAUUAUAACAUUUUUAAACAGCACAAUGUAAAAUAAAUGUUUGUUCAAAAGGCUCUAAUGUUGGAA